UGUAUUUUCCACCUCGCUGCCGCGGAUGCGUUCCAAAAUUCAGCCUAUAAGGUUAUGAAAUAUGAAUAAAGCUACGUAGCAAUAUUAUAGCAAAGUUACAAAUGUCAGAAUUGUAGAUGAUCGAUGGCAGUAAUAUGAACGUGGACAGCAGUGACUCGCCGGUGUAAGACACUCCAGAGAGACUCUAUUCUACAUGAAUCAUCACAUUGAGGACAGGUCAAGAUGCAAAAGCGGAACUAUAUGAAAGGGGAAAGGGAGCUUGGUGAUGGUGGACCCCCUUUUUGCUUUAGUUGUGAAAGGGUCUUUCCAGACCAAACGUCAUUUCAUGACCACUUUUGUCCUGCGGCUGGUUUCAUCUGCUCCUGUGGAACAGAGUUCUCCAUGUAUGUUGAUAUGAUGGACCACAGUGGGUUACAUGAACCAGGCCACACUGUAAUUAAUUAUAGCACCAUAAAGAAGGAACAAUAUCAGAGGGAGAGAGAGUACAAGGAGCAGCUUUCGAGGCUGGUAUUGACGGCGGGGCAGGGAAGCUGGGCUAAGCCUGGACCGACUCCGAUGCUAUCGGCCCCUAUUCCACGAGCUACAAAGCCUCCACCUGGUCCAAGUGCCCCAACAACAGACCUCUGGCACCAAUUCCAGCCGGUGGUGUUGGUGGAGACCCUGCGCAAGUUUGGAAGGACAAAGCCCUACAGGUGUGCCUACUGUGAACUGGGCUUUGCAACAAAAGACUUACUCGUAUGGCACCACAACACUCAUGCAAGAAAUAAAGUCCAUGGCUGCCUGCGGUGCGGGGUUCUCCUGCUCAGUAACAAUAAGUCACCACAGCCUGGCCACCACCAGUGUGGAUCAUAUCGGGCAACUCCUGAAACCAGAUUCACCACUGCCACAGUGCUGAGUAACAGGAAACAGCCCGCGGGGUAUGCUAAGAAGGUUGUCCAGCGUCAGCCGUGUCCGGACCCGUUCAGUGGGGAGCUGCAGCUAGGGAUGCAUAUGGUCUCACAGCAGCCCGUUCCAGGGACUUCUGGAACAAAAUACUUGAAGUGUAGAGUGUGUCAGGAGCCCUUCCAAACUGUCAAGCUGCUCGAGAGGCACCGUUGCACAAUGGCAGCAUCCUUUUUUGCACAGGAACUAGGUCUGAUGUCUGGCAAGCAGCUCAAUGGUCACAGAAAAGGGGAGGGGAGCAGCCCAUACUCCUUGCCUCAAAGCAAUGGUGACAAGGAGCUGGCGUUCAACAUUCAAACUUCAACGAAUGUAACUGUAUACGACCACAAAGCAGUAGGCCCGGAUAGGGGCACAGGGUUGUCUGCCGUUUCUGUAAAAACUGAGGUUUCGGAUGAUGACUGUUUUGUGAUUGAGGAUGCGUUUUCAUGCUAGUCGGAACUAGGAAACUCUGACAUUUCCGACUUGCUAACUGGUUGAACACAGCAUGUGUAUAAAAACCAGUUAGUAAAUCGGAAAUGUCCGUGUUUCCUAGUUCCGACUAGCACGUGAAUGUGGCAUAAAAGCUCCUUCACCAAACCAGGUCAGCUGUUAUACCAACAAUUAACCUCUUCCCUCCCAAUACUACAGACAUGAACAGUGCAAAAAGCAUUCCCAAUGUGAACCCUCUGCAUCUGCCACAGACAUAAACAUCUUCUAUGGGUUAUGGGUAUGGUUCCUUUUUGUAAGGUAGCGGCUUAACUCUUAUCUAACUACUCAAUUUACAACUAAUCUGUCAGUAGCCUAGAUUUGAUUUUUUUACCUUGAUUUUAUUUUUCAGUGUGUUUGUCAUGACAUUGAAAAUGUUACAUAUGCACAAUCAGUGUAUGGUUCAGAUAACCACAAACAUUGUAUGAUAGUUUGUCUUUUGAAAAUGCGCUUGUUUUUUUUACAGUAGCUUUACUGAAAAUGUGGUAUAAGCAGCAUUGGCCAUAUCACAAGAACAUGUUGGUUCUUUCUAGCCAUUUCUGUGGUCUUGGAAUAAAAUAUUGUUUUGUUUCCGCUCUCUCCCUUUCUUUUGGAGCAACUAAAGUGUAAUAAUCUGUGUGUUCUCCGUAUUUCAGGAACCAAAGCAAUAGCAGCAGCCAUAAGUGAUAGCUGGAAAAGGUUAUAAGGACACUCCUGAUCUGCAAAACAUUAAUUUUUCUCCAGAAUGACUUAAAUUAGGUUACGGUUAGAGGUAGGUUUUAAGGUAAGAGACAGUUUUAGAUUUUGGUUAGUUGUUUUACAAGUCAGGGUCUGUUAUAGCCUCUGCCAAGAGAGCAUGAUGGAUAUGUAGAUAAUGUAUGCACUGAUUGCUUGGGAUAGCUCUCUGACAUAGUUUGUCACUUGUGAAUGCACAUAGCAUACAAAAAUAGGGGUUAGUCGUCGUAGAAUAUUUUGCCAUCUCAUGAGAAUUUUAUUAUCACUGCACACCGUUUUUGGGUAUUUUUUUUUUCCCCUGUUGUCCAUCUUUGAUGAGGUAGGCAGGCAUCGCGACACCAUUUCCGGCCUACGGGAUGUUGAGUGAGGAGAAAAAAACAAUUGAAUCACGAAUACAAUAAGCGAACAUUUAAAAUUAUGGCACACACCACUGUAUCUGAACGUUGGCGAAAACAUACAUGUUAUGUGCAAUGCAUUAUUUAUAAAUAUUGAUAUUUUGUCGGGUUUGGACUACAAAACGGUAUGUUGACGCUAGCUAGUUAGCUAGCUUUCAUCAUGUCGACAGCUAUCUAACUGGUGAAUCGAGAACAAGUUUGCACUAACACAUUUUUGGAUCACUGGAUGUCAGACAGCCUCAAUGGGUUGUGGUGCCUACAACCUAUCAAUUUGAUUCAAGACAUGGAAGACACAAGGUGCAACAUUUAAACCCAACAGAACAACACUACACCAGUGUGUACCUGGGGACAGUAGUGGGGGUUACCUGGCUAGUUUGUGGUGGAAGAGGAGGCGCGUGGUUUGAACAAAAGCUGGAUGAUUGUUCUUGCCUGGGCUGUUAUUGGAGGAUCUACGUUGAACAUUUAUCAUUUCCUCAUCAGUCCCACCAGAGAGCCUGCCUAAAAAUAAAGACACCAUCUGAAGAGAAGAUCAGCAAGGAGAUAGACAACUGCCAUAACAUGCCCCCAAUGAAGGAGCCCUUACAAAGACUCCAACUACAGAGAGAAAGUAAAAGCCAACAGAACAAAGUGGUAGCUGAACCCUCUGACACACGGUCACUACCAGGUACCCCGGUUUCUGUUGUCCAUCCUAAUUCCAGAAAGGUAAACUCUGGUGACAUUAAUCACAGAAGAAAGCUCACAAAGACCCAGGCAAAUAUGGAGAAAAUGCAUGUUAAUUCACCUGCUACUGGUCAUGCUAGAACUCAAUGUGAAAGUGCUAAUCCUGAAGUGCAUUUAUCAGUUACUGGGAGUGAGCAAACAUUGAACUGUAUCACAAAGGAGCUGGUGGGUGUAACAAGGCCAGCAGCGGUAGACGUUGUUAGGAAACGUGGUCGCCCUCACAAGAAGGCAAAGAUGCUGCAUACUGUGCUACAAACAGAGGAGAGUUCUUCUCAUCUGAGCACUGCAGAAUCAAAGGAUUGGAGUGAAACAAUGUCUGACAGAGCGAAUGCUAUUUCUUUUACUACAAACUGUGUAGAAAACAGGGAUGACAUGUCUCUCAGAGCUAUUGAAACAAAAGCAAUAUCUCUAAACCGUGAACCAAGCAAUACAGCGGUGUCUGUUCUUGACUCAUCCCACCUUGACCAUCAACCAGCUGAAUCCAGCCCUGUGGCUAUCUCACCCUUGGAACCAAAAAGGAAAAGGGGACGACCAAAGGGGUCGACCAAGAAACGACCAGGAAGAACCAUGAACACUAUUUCAGUGCAACAAUCCCAUGUAACAGAAGAAAAUAUGGUAAUUAAAAAGGAACCUGAUGAGAUGCUAUCUGAAGAGGAAAAGAGAGGAAACAUUGGUCCUCAGCCUGAGGAAACUCCUGUUGAGCCUAAACACAGAGUAGGACGACCACCAAAGAAAACAACACUCGUGAGGCAGUUUGCAUUAGCACAGAGAAAAUCACAGAGAAAAUCAUGUUCUAUUACAGCAUCUGUGAAUUCUCAGGAUAUUACACCACAACAUCAGAAGAUUGAGACUGAGCGUUCAGAUUAUAUAGCAAGGCAUGUGUCUGUGUCGCUUAGUCGCGUUGAUUCUCAGAGAGGUGGUAGGUCAAGUGGGACUGCUGACAUGAUCUCUAAUGUGAAGUGUGAGGAUAUUGAAAUGGAGCUGGGGGAUUUUAAUUCCCUGGCACAGUCAAAUUGUCUCAUGUCUUUUCAAUGCCAAACUGACACCAGUGUGAAGGUUGAGGCCUGUAAUACUAGUUGUGAUGGCACUGAAUUCAAAAAGCCACUCAAAGUUGACAAAUGCAGAGGAACUGCUGGCACUGCUCCCAGAAAGCGAUCCCGGUUUGUUUUUGGAAAAACUAAAUACAAAAAAGGAAAGAGGAAAAGGUGUAUUGAUGCUAGAGGUAGACUCCAAAGUGUGACCUCACAGGGAGAUCCAGACACCAUGUCAAAGCAGGUCGAUGUUGGAAAGGAGAUGGACUGUGGCGAGUCAGCUUGGGAGUAUGAGGGCAACACAAAUGACAGCUUUUCAAAUGGAAGUAAGUCAACAGAUGAAGGAUUUAAAGAUUUGCCUGAGAGUCACCAAAAUCCUAUCGUCACUGAUGUAAACAUAUUAGAAACUAUGUCGCAUGAGUCCUUUUCGAAAUCAGAUGUCGUACAAGGUGAAGAAUUUACAAGUAAAAAAAUCAAGAAAGAGAGAGAUGGUGUUGGCGAUGAAACUGAAUAUAACCCAACAAGCAGUUGUCCGAAGGCUAGGGGUCGACCAAAAGGCACAGGGAAAACAUGUGAGUACUGCGGUCGCCAUUUUGAUUUUGUGUCUGUAUAUACCGUCCAUCUACGCACUCAUACAGGCGAAAGGCCCUAUAAGUGCAUUGAUUGUGACCAAGACUUUGCCCAGCUAUCCAACUUAAAAAGUCAUGUCAAGAAACAUAACAAGCGCUGUCAGCCUCUGAAGUGUCCUUAUUGCAAAAUGAAGUUCAGUAAUUCAGAGGAAUUGCUUGCUCAUUGCAAGUGGCACUCGCAGAACCCGAACCAGGACUCAGAGUCUGAAAGUAAAGCGAAGGAUAACAGAAAUGAGGCCACUCAUACACCCCUUGUUUCUCUGAAAGAAAGGAGAAAAAGGGGAAAGGGGGGGAUACUCAAAUGCCACAUUUGUGGGAAAGUAUUUCCCUUUUGGUCUGGUCUGCAGGUUCAUAUACGUAUGCACACUGGGGAAAAACCAUAUAUCUGUAAAGUAUGUGGGAAAGCCUUUAGUAAUCGCUCAUCAAUUCGUAUUCAUGAGGUGACACACUGGUCCAUUAAGCCUUACAACUGCACAUGGUGUGGAAAGAGUUUCACUCAGUUGUCGUCUGCAAAAAAACAUCCCUGCAAGGGCCUGAGGGAGAGUAAUGACAGAGGGAGCCGGAAGAAGCCUUUCAUAUCUUUUACAUGCCACAUCUGCGAAGAGAGAUUUGUUCAGAGGCGUCAGUACAAAACCCACCUGAAAACCCAUGCUGGUGUGAAGCUCUUUCGCUGUUUAUUCUGUGACCAGCUGUUUAGUGUGAUGUCAGAAUUUGAAGAGCACCACCAAUAUUGCACCAAAGUUAGGGGGGAGAAGAUGACAUCCAAAUCUGAAUUUAGGAUUUGGAAACCUAGAGCCCCUAAUCAGCAAAGCUCGCAGCAACCAAGUGUCAAGAGUCAUUCACCAGUCACCCAAUUAGUAUUUCCUGCAGCUGCUGAUAGUCACCCAUUUCAGAACCUUGGACAGAGUUCAGCUUCCUCUGCCUCGUUGCUGAACUGUGAACCUACCUCGCAGCAAAAACAAAGUGGUCGUCUGUCUUCACAAACACAUCCCAAUAAAGCCAUUGCUACAACUCUGCGGCCCUUUCAAACAUGCAUUAUACCCACAAACAAUCUCACCCCACUUGUAUCAAAGUUGAACAGUCUAGAUCGUAAAUCUGACCCGAGGAAGUACUUAUGCCCACGUUGUGGAAGACUUUUCAGACACACAGGAAGACUCCGAGCCCACAUGCUAACUCAUGCCCACAGUCAGAGCUACACCUGUGACUGCUGUGGAAAGACCCUGGAAAGCUGGAAAAAGCUUUGGCUUCACCAGCGAAUCCACAGACAGAAACUAGGACGGUUCUCAUGUCCAAAGUGUCGCCAAGGUUUCCGCUUCGUUGGGCCCUACAAGCAGCACAUGCUGCGAGAACACCCUGAGUACCAGUGGAUCGAUGAGAGACCAAACAAAACUCUCCAAGGACUUGAACAGCAGCAGUGCCUGCCUUAUCAAUGUGAGGAGUGCAACACCAGCUUCAGGACACUAGAUUUGCUUUUCAAUCAUCAGCUUUGCCAUUCCUCACCAGGUGACCACAGUAUGUGGAUACAGGACGACUGCUAUGAUUACUCUCCCUCGACACAUGAACAUGAUGUACCUUCCAACGUGAAUGGAUUUGACCCUCACAUGAACAGUGGCGUAACACACUCCCAUCAGGAACUCCACCAUACCUACUACCCUUCUCCGCCUCUUCAAGCAAACCACCCACGAGGUUCACAUCUCCUUCAUUACUUUUCCAAUCAUUCAGACCUACUACAUUCACUGUCACCCCUUAUACCUGUGCCUCCCCCAAUGCAACACCCAGGUUUCCAACCAGGCCUCCAGUUAUAUGACUCCACCCAGCUGCUCACAAGCCCUCUAUCACCACUGUACUCACAGGUAGAGACCAUUCCAAACCCUGACAGAAAAGAUGGGAAUGUAAACAGGAAGCAGAGUAGAAUUUAUGGGAAUGCGACUAAACGUGCUGCUAGAUCCAAGGAGGACAAGGCGACAAUGAGAGGUUUGGAUUGUGCGGAGUGUGGUGUUCAGUUUCCUGCUGUCUCACAACUCUAUGAGCAUUAUUUGCAGCAUGCAAGGGGAGAGGUGUAAGAAGUGAAAAUGAGGGACCUUUUUCUAACACAAAGGCACGUUAUCCUCCCAUCUCUUUCUCAAGAGGUUUAUCAGUUUAGAAAUGGCUUAUAGGUCAACUAACAACAGUGGCAUUUUUAACACAAGGGGUUGUUGUAUUGAUGUGUUUGAGUGAAUAUUCUGUUGAAUGGAGAUUGUUACUCUGGUUGCUUGUUGGUCAUUAGAGAAGCUGAUUACUUUUGGUUGUUAUUCGAUUUACUUAAACUAUGAUCAAUUUCAAGUUGACAGUAUUUUAUUUUUCUUUGGCGGGUGUCCUUUAAUCUGAAAAAAUGGUCAGUGCUUUUAUACAUUUGAGUAGCUGUAGCAGGUUUUGAGACGAGGACAGAUCAUGGCCUAAUCUAUUUUUCAAUGGAAGUUUGAGUGUAAAUUGCUAUGCUUGAUCAUGGAACAUUGUCAUACCUCUUUUUGUCAUUGUUAACCUCUUACUGUCAGACUCUGAUUCUCAACUGAUGAAAAAUAAUGUUAUAAUUUAGCCUGCCAAUACAAGUGAUUAACAUACCUUUUUAUUUUGUCCAUUUAUUUAAAAUAAAAUUAGAAACCUCAUAUUUUGCAAGUUAGUCAUUUAUUCUAUGUUUAAGGGUUGAUUUGUAACUUAUGCAAGAAAAAUAUUUUCACUGCCAAUACUCUAGUCGUUUUACCUAAUAGGCCUACAUUCCCUCAUGUUUACAGAAGGUUAUUUUGUUUAGAAAAGCAGUACUUGUUCUUUUGCUGAUGAACUGACAGCUGUUUACAUACUGUAUAUUUUAAUUUCUAGUUUCACUCAGUUAUUGUGUCAGAUAAAAAUAAAAGCCACCUUUCUAAUGUUGUGCUUAUUUAAUUUCAGACAUAUAGCCUAGCACAAGUACAUACGUAGGCCAACUGGACACAUGUCAUGUGGGAUUCACUUUCUGGUUCUAAUUAUUUUGUUGUAGAAUACCCUUUUGAAGGCACUGUUCUCAUGGAAGUAUUGAAUGGUAAUGUCGUUUGCUCACUGUGGAGAACAAACUAACUUUCCCCAGAUGAAGGGGAGUCAAUGUAAGAUUUAACAUUUUUCAAGACGUUAACUUUGAAAUCAGAUUGAUGUGUUAUGGACUACAUUUUAAUUUUAAGACAUAUGUGAGACUAAUUUCAAUUGUUAUUAAAUGUAAUUACUAUUCAGCGAUUGUGUUUUUUUGCGCCCUUAUGUAUAGUGUGAAAUUGUGAUAAAAAGCUUUAUUUUAAUGGUGAGGCGCCGCUAAUAGUUUUUUUUACGGUUGCAGACGACAGAAUGGGGCGUGGUCCAAAUGGGCGGCAGUAAAUCAGUCACGCCACGGUCAAAACAUUGGGGUGAAAAAAAAAUGUUCUUCACAAUCCCACCGUCGGAUGCGCACCGGUUGACAUCAAACAUGGAGAACAUGCCUAUAAUUUAGUUAUAAUGCAAAUAUUUUUAUUCUACUGCAAACAAGAGAUGUAGUUUACCGGUAUCUUUGAAUUAUUUUAUACCCGUGCAUUAAACCGCAAGGGACAGAGGAUCCAUUGAAUCUUGAGGAGCAGCAAGAAUACAAUAGGAUGGAGACAGUAUGUGGUAAAGGAGCGACAUUGAAUGGUGACAUGCUUAUGGUCAUCGUUAAACAAGAGGAAGAAGACCAUAUUGAGCAGAUGUCCAAUGGUCCACUGUCAUCUGACACACUCAUCAAACAGGAGCAAGAAGAGGGCCUAGAACAAGGCACUACAGCUCCAGGCGACCAACUCCCUGAGGAAACCGACACCUUGGAAGAAGCAGAGGAGGAGAAAAAGAGGAGGAAGGGAAAGACUGAAGAGAGGUUCUGGGCUGCUGUUGAGACUGAGGAUGUCUCUGGGUCAGACUCCAGUUGGUGCUGCAGACUGUGUCAGCGCUGCUUCAGUUCCUCCUGGCAGCUGACGGGACACUGUUGUACUGGCAUCGCGGGGGAGGACGGGGUCGCCCACGGCCACAAGGUCAAACUGGAGUUCCGGUGCCCAGUGUGUGGCGACCGCUUCCUCCGCCCCACAGCCUUCAUCAUGCACAAGCGCAGUCACAUGGGCCAGUCCCAGUACGUCUGUGGGGUCUGUGGACGGACGCUCAAGAGCCUGCGCAAGCUGUCCUCCCACAAGCGCUCACACUCCCGCCGCUGCGGGGCUGUGGCUGAACAACAGCAGUGCCAUGACUGCAGCCAGAGCUUCUGCAACUUGACGGCACUCAGAAGCCACCGGGAGAGACAGCAUGGAGAGGAGAGGAACUGGAAGGAUGAGGAGGACAGUGCGGUGAGAGAGGAAGAGCAGGGAAGCACUGCAGUAAUCUCUAAUGAUUCAACCAGAGUUUCAGCUCAGCCUCCCCAGUCUCCUCAGUGCCACCAGUGUUUCAUGACCUUUCAGGAUGCAGAGACAGAAGAGAGGCAUUUACGCUUCAAGCACCCAGUAGAGUAUGAGAGACAUCUCAGAGGUCGCACAGUGUUUGCCUGCUGUGUCUGCGACCGUACAUUCCCCUCCUCUCGCCUGCUCUCAGCUCACCAACGCACCCACAGCAAGUGGAGUCUGCCCCCCACUGGCCCAGAAGACUCUGUCCAAGAAAGCACAGACGGAGGAGAUGCUGAGGGUGUGGACAAUGAAAAAAACAGAGCUGGUCCAACGAGCUGUGAGCACUGUCAUAUCAUCUUCAAUGACCCUCGAACCUGGGAACGUCACAUGACGGCCAAGCACCCCCCAUCCCUGUCGACACCUACUUCACCAGGGAAUGCCUACCUGACUUCUAGACCUGCCAGGGGUCAACUACGACCCUAUCGCUGCUCCUCCUGUGGAGAGAGAUUCAUACAGGAGAGCACCCUGACCAAACACUGCACCGAGGCACACGCCAGCUGAGAGAGGAUGGUUCUGGGAGCAUAGAUACCAAGAUGAAGAGGACAAGAGGCAAGUUGGAGUGAUCUAUAUAUAUAUAUGAUUGUUUUCCAGGAGUGCCUUGACUAACUAUUUAUAAAGUUGUUUACAUGUCACUUAUGAGAUUUAUCCUAUAAUUUCAUUGUAGGGCUUAGUGUCAACCCUUAUGCCAACUUUCUCCAACAAGAAACAGAAUCUUCACAAAAUCUAUUUUGAAUUAAUAUCUCUUUUAGGGCUGUGACGAUACCAGUAUUGCAAUAUUUUUUCCCAUGCCAAAAAUGAAAACGUGAGGCAGACUUGACUCUUUGGUCCUUUUUAUUUUCUAAGCUAUAGCUUUGAAAAUAAAUAAGUGAUUCUGGAUGAAAACAUAACGAUGUUUGUUUCCAACUUCAAGGCUGUUUCCCCAAAGAAGUUAAAUCCACUUUGUGUUUUGUUUCCUUGCCACGAUACUGGUAUCGUCCCGGCCCUAACAUCUUGAAAGCACGAGUGUCAAAAUGGAGUAGUUUUCAAAAUAUAAGCAUGACCAUAUUUAUUAGAGAUUCACAUAAAAAAAGAAUAGUUAUUCACCUGUGCCAUGAAUAAAGAUAGGAUGAAAACAGACCAAACAAGCUUUUGAUAAUUUUGAUAACAAUAAUGUUUGUACUACGACAUGUAAACUACAUGAAUAAAAGUAUGGGAACACCUGC